GAGGGAAAGUUGGCACCGUGUCGUCUGUUAGGGCGGAGUCCUAUUUUCUCAACGCGUAAUUUACAUACAUUAAAUCCAUUAAUGGUACAUUGCUGUAUAAGGUCUAGUGCCCUGCGCAGGUCACUUCGAGGAAAGUAACGCCCUUCUUCGAAUGUGCCAUAGAAAAACUAGUACGGAUGCUUGUUGUAGUUCUGGAACAGAACGCAGGCAGAUGUUCUGCGCCAUGCAACCAGCACAGGACACGUUUUAGGCAGCAGUGUACGAGGGAGAAGCCUCCUUUACUAUAGAUUAUUGGAAAGUACGCGGGAUCGAAAUCAAAGUUUGAGAAUACUGUCACGCGAGAAACUCAAAGCUCCCGCAGGAAUACUUUCAUGUAAGUUCAGGAUCUAUACUGAAGCUCGCUAUACCGAAUCCCAAGGAACUGUACCAUGGAGCCCAUCCUUUUCAUCUGCAUCUUGUUUUUCACUGCGGUGGCAACACAAACCGUGCCUCCUACUAUGCAAGGUCUGGCUUCCACUAUGCCUCAUCUGACUGGCUGCUUCUCCCGAGAGCUGACGACUUUCCGUUGUCAAUGGGAGGCCGGAUCUUUCGAGAACCUCACCGAACCAGGGGAUCUAAGACUUUUCUACAUCAGAGCUUCCAAAACAUCAGAGGGGGAUUCUAAGAAACCUGAGACAAAAUGGAAUGAAUGUCCAAGUUACAGUUCCUCAAGAAACAACGAAUGCUACUUUAACUCCAGUAAUACCAUUAUAUGGUUCUCGUACGGGAUCCAGCUGCGUUCUGGCUCCCUUGACGUGGUUUACGAUGAGAUGUUUUUCAGUGUAGAGGACAUUGUGUUUCCAGACCCACCUGUGGUACUCAACUGGACUGUGCUGAGUAUGAGCUCCUCGGGGGCCAUCUGUGAUGUAGUUGUGAGCUGGGAUACGCCCCCUUCGGCUGUAGAAAGCGUAAAGACUGGCUGGAUGUCUCUGGUUUAUGAGACUCAGUAUAGAGAAAAGGAUUCAGACCAGUGGAUCUCACUGGAUAAUGGCAAAGUCAUGCAGGCGUACGUCUACGGUCUGCGCAGCAACGUGGAAUAUGAAGUCAGAGUGAGGUCACAAAUGAGAGGCUACAACUAUGGGGACUUCAGUGAAUUCAUCUUUAUACUCAUUCCUUACAAAGAAUCGAGGAUUCCGAUUACAUCUGUGCUAAUCUUUGCUGUCAUUGGUAUCGGAGUUAUCUUGAUGCUGUUUGUAGUUUCACGACAACAAAAGUUAAUGGUGAUACUUUUGCCACCUGUACCUGGACCAAAAAUCAAAGGGAUUGACCCUGUGCUUUUACAGAAAGGCCAGCUGAAUGAAUUUACAUCAAUCUUAAGCACCCACACAGGCCUGCGUCCAGAACUGUAUAGCAAUGAUCCAUGGGUAGAGUUUAUAGAGGUGGACAUCGAUGAACCACAUGAGAGUCAGGAGGAGCUCCUUAUCGCUGACUCUCCGGUCUCUGACUCACCUCAAAUGUCUAGUGGAUUCAGGGAUGAUGAUUCCGGUCGGGCAAGCUGCUGUGAUCCAGACCUGUCGGAUCAUGAUCAAACCGAUCUUCAUCACACCUCCACCAGUGGACACGACGGUUUUCAUCUGCUGUCUCAUGCUCAUUCUAGGUCACCGCAACUUGUGGCCGUCUGUCCACAAGACCGUGCCUGGCCAAACAGUUUGUACUCUCAGGUGAGUGACGUUACUCAGCGUGGUGAAGUAGUGCUGUCUCCAGAAGAGCAAGAAAUCGCCAACAGCUGCUGUCAUAAUGAAGCUGUGGAGGAUAAUGAGAACAAUAAGAGAAAAGAACUUCAGUGGUUAGCUUUGACCCCUGACGAAACAGGCUACACCUCUGAGAUAACCGCCAAUGUGAUCAGCGCCCAACACAGUAAACCCAACACGCCCAUAACAGACCAGUUACCUUUCACAGAACAGAGUCAAGAACCACACGUUGCAUUAAGAGAACCUCAAAACCUGACAAACUCUUCGCCUCUGUCCACUGCGUUUCCCAUGCUCGCAAAGCCUCCCAGUCCAGAGUACACAAUGGUGGAAGGGGUUGACUGGAAAAACAGUCUCCUCCUAAAACCAAACACACAAUCAUUCCUACAGAAGACAGUGGUAAAGACUUUUCCCACUCCUGAAGGAUAUUUGACUGCUGAGUUUCUGGAUGACAUUACUGGUUAACUAACUUGAGAAGCGUCUCGGGAUGUCACAACAGGAAUAUGUUUGCUGUUUGUAAGAUAUCUGACACGGUUGGCCAACACUAAGACAAAGCCAGAUGAACUUGAUGUUAUAGAACAAAUCUUAUAUUAUCUUUAUUCUCAUGAUUUGCAGGGUUCACAUAUCACAUAGUUGUCCUCAGAGUUUAUUUUGAGCAGAUAUUGAGAAGUGUGUCGGCUGGUUGUUUACUGUCAUAAAAAAGAUGUCAACAUGU